UUAUCCUUUUCUUUUCUUAAACUGUGACAGAGCGCCUCCUUUUCUUUUCUUACAGAGAGAGAGAGAGAGAGAUGAACUUGCAAUACCCUGCCAUCAUCCUCCUCCUCCAACUAGUAAGUCUUACUCAUUUAGCCAAAUCACAUGAACUCUUGCCAACCCCCAAACCAUGGCCAGAACAGUUCCAUUCACUUCUAUACACAAACCUGUCAACCAAUCGCCUCCUAAUCAGCAACAUGUGGUAUGAUUGGCCAAAGGGUCGAAAUGUGUACACCAGACAGCAACAACUUGAUGUGCUUCUAUAUGCAAUUGAAUGGAACAAUGGCACCACAGUCUACUACUCCCUUGGGGCAAAUGCAACCUGCGACAAUAUCUACUUCGGAAUCGGAAUCCCGAGACCGGACUUUCUCGACGGAGCAAAUUAUCUGGGGACCGCGGUAGCUGAUGGAUUUCUGUGUAAUGUUUGGGAGAAGGUUGAGUUUAUAGUGUACUACGAGGAUGUGCUCACAAAGAGGCCAGUCAAAUGGGACUUCUCAGAUGGAAUUUCUACACACAUGAUUACCUUUGAUGUUGGAGAAGUGUUGCCUGAUUCAGUGAUUCAAGCUCCUGAUUACUGUUUUAACCAGAACAAAGACAUGGGAACCAUGAGAGCAAAUCCUAGCAGCAGAUACAUGGCAGAGCUUCAUUUGAUGGGAGAACCACAUUGGGAUGCUUGAUUUACAUCUCAUUAAAAUGCAUACCAUAGUUGACAUAUACAUUUGCAUUUCACUAGUCCUUGCUAGGUUUAAGAUCAGAACUCUGGAAUUGUCCAGUCCGAUCAAUGCUUCAACUGUGGCGUUGAUGGUGAGGUCUGCCAUGCCGGUUUGCUUCUCAGUGAUUGUGGAGAAAGUUUUUCCAGUCAUGAUCAGGUGCGAAGUUAAUGGGGUUUUUCCAUUUCUAAUGUGAAAUUGCUGUACUUAGCUACUGGGGUUUUCAUUGCUAAUAGAAAAUUGAGCUUUGUAGACUAAAGUUGAACAUGCUUAGUUAUAGAAGCAUAAAUAAUCUUGUUCCUUGGCUUUUGUGAUAAACAUACAUUUCGCUUCAGGUAUAUAUUUUGUAGAGGACCACUUGUUUUAUGAAGAUUUUGAUAAU